AUGGCAACAACAACCGUUCCAUCAUCAUCUUUUGCAUCUACUACAGUAAUAUCAAUACCUUCACCAAACGCCAUUCUAAAAUCAAAAAAUUAUAAUUUGAAUUCAAAUGAUUUAAACAAAUACGUAUCGGAACAACAAUCAAAAGCGCGUGAUAUUGUCAACGGUUUACUUCGUAAAGGUAUUAAAUUGUUAGCGAUUGAUUUUGAUAAAACAUUUUUAUCCAUUCACACAAUGGGUUGUUAUCAAGGGCAAGUAGAAAAAUUAUUAGAAUAUAUUCGUUCAACAUUUUAUUAUUUAAUCCAAGAACUAUUAGAUAGACCCGCUUAUUCUCAAAUAUUGCAUGUAUGUAUUGUUUCAUUUUCAUCACAGGAUUAUUUAAUUAAACAGUUACUACAAUUAGCAUUCAAAACAUCUAAAACGGAUCAAAUUCUAAUCCGUUGUAAUACAAAUGAAUUUAUGUCUUCCAUGGGUACAGAUGGUCAAGAUGGUUUAUGUUUUCUUGGCAAAGAAUAUCAUAUUACAUCGGUUGUUACUGAAAUAGCCACAAAACGUCAUAAAACGAUACAACCGCAUGAAGUUCUUUUGCUAGAUGAUGAUAUAACAAACAUUUUGAUAGCCGACGGAUUUGGUCAUAAAACUUUAGAAAUUAGAGACCAAAUCAAUUUAGAUAUUUUAAAGGAUUUUGUUAAUAAUUAUUUAUAA